ACUGAUUGCAAGUCAAGCUACUGCAGGGCUGGGCUGGAAGCACCCACAGAAUGCAGCUCUCGCGUGUAAAGCAAGUCCAGCCACCCCUGAAAGCACGGCACCGCAGCCCGGAUUUAGCUCUUCAACAUCAGAUUACACCACUCGUAUCGCUGCAGUCGCGCACACGGCGACGUUCGACAGUGUUCUCCGCACUCCCCGCACAUGUUGCCGCGUCGGCAGUUGCUGCGCAGCGCUUCAGCUUGCGUGCAGUGCAGCAGUCGUCUAGGCGACUGUGUGUGCGCAUGAAUGCGACACCGGAGGCGUCAGAGGGCGGUGCGACCGUCCGGCCGGUGGGGGAGCGAGAGCGCAGCCAGCUGGUGAACGAGGAGGUGGUCUACUUCAUCUUCCAGCUCGACUUGGACACGCAGCUGCAGCGCUGCCUCAACUACGAGGCCUACGAGGCGGCGCAGGAGGUCCGCAAGAAGCGGCAGCGGGUGGACGAGGCCGUGCAGUCCAUGAAGGAGCGCAAGGCCAGGAACACGGGUGCCCCCGUGGCGGUGCAGCGCCUGGCGGGGGCGGACUACGCGGCGGAGCUGCUGCGGCUGCGCACGGAGAUGCAGCGGGCGGUGGAGGCGGAGGACUACGGCUCCGCGGCCAAGUACCGCGACCUGCUGAAGGAGCUGGAGACGGAGGCCAAGAAGGCGGCGGCGCUGGCAGCGGAGUGGGACACAACCUCGCCCAACGGCCCGGUGCUGCGGCUGGGCCAGCGGGUGCUGCACAAGCAGCUGGGCUACCGGGGUGUGGUGGUGGGGUGGGACAUGCGCUGCUGCGAGAGCGAGGAAUGGAUCGCGGCGGCGCGGGUGGGCGAGUGCGGCCGCGGCAUCGGCCAGCCCUUCUACCACCUGCUGGUGGACGCGCGGGACUGGGAGUACGACCCGCACCUGCCGCCCGUGGCGUACGUGCCCGAGGAGCUGCUCACCUCGCCGGAGCUGGAGCCGCCGGCCGAGGGCGCCAAGCCCAAGAGCUGGGCCGAGGUGUACGGCACCGACCCGCUGCAGCACCCCUACCUCUACAUCCUGUUCCUGGGCUUGGAUGGCCGGGGAGACUACGUGCCGUGCAGGCAGCUGCGCGACCGCUACAACGUGCAGCGGAGAGACGUGUAUAAGCCGGGGCAGGAGGGCGGCGAGGGGGAGGACGAGUAGCCGCGCAGUGCCGCACGGGCGCCGUGGAUCGCCUGGAGGCAGGGGGGCAGGGGCGCUGGAGAUAAUCGGGAGGAUAAUGGGAGGUCAGGGAGGGGGCAGCUGAUGGCGUUACCGUGUUGAUGAUGACCUACUGGGGCGGUUGCGGAGCACGGCAAUGAGCAUGCUAGGGCGGGGUACGUAGAUGUUCGAUGUUCUACUUGCAUCUACGUCCCCACCCUAGAUACCAGUACACGUUUUAAUGGAGCGCCAGCCUGUGGCAAUUCUUGACCUAGAAGUUGUGUUGCAUGCUCAAGUCGCCUGAGGAGGAGGAGGAGGAGGAGGAGGAGGAGGAGGAGGGGAGGACGAGGAGAGGAGGGCACUGAAGCCACGCGCAAUGACGCCAGGGAGUUACGGUUGUUGGGAGUGGCCGGCCGGUGUUGAUGGGUGGUGUUGAUAAACACCGGUUUUGGGCGGAGGAGUCGACUAGGCCUUCUUGGCCCGGAACUUCUGCUGCCGGGCCCGCGCCUCGCAGCUUUUGCACACGCCGCUGAUCAUGGCCGCCGACAUGGCAACCUUGGUUGCCUUGGACAGUGUCUUGCCCUUGAGGGCACAGCCGAUAUGGCAGCCUUGGUCGCCUUGGACAGUGUCUUGCCCUUGUUGGCACUGCCUUAGGUGUUGCCAAUGCUCCCCUGGUGCUGGCCGCUGGCGCCCCUUCCCCUGGCGCCAUCCUGAGCUGACUCUGACGCUGACGCCCCGCAACCACAGUGCAACAUCGUCAUGUACCUAAUCUGGCCGCCGGGAGCCGUCCAGAUUAGGUACAUGACGAUGUUGCACUGUGGUUGCGGGG